AUGAUGGUCUUCUUUUUAGGCCUAACAUUUGCGAAAAACGCUUGUGUUUCCGGGUCUGCAGAAUGUGUUGCAAACACCUUGAGAGUAUGUGGCAUAAAGAAUCAAUGGAUAUAUGUUGACUGCCCCACAGGUACUGAGUGUGCUGUUAAAGGCAACGAGAUAGCUUGUGUUCCACGUACUAACAAAGAAGAAGGAGAGCCUCACGAUAAGGCUAAGCCAGAAAGGAGGAAGGACGAGUCCUCAGCCUCUCUAGAUCCUGAGGAAGAACAGGACUCAAAAAACAGUCAGGACGAAAAUAGCAAGGAUAGCAAGAAGAUUGAGGAGGGCAGUUCGGAAGAGGAUGAUGAAAGGGGGAGAAGGAAAGGCCGUGGAAAGAAAGGAAGUGGAGAUGUGGGAGAUAGAAAAAAGCCAAAGAAUGAGACCGGAAGGAACAAGCACCAAAGCUUAAGGGACGAAGAGGGGGAAAGAGAGCAAAGGGAAAAUAGAAAGAAAGAGCCCAAAACGGUAAUAAAGACAAUCAGCACUUCGAAAAAAGAUAGCACCACCACUGUUACUGUAACAAAAGUAGUCAUUCAAAAGCAGCAGCCAACAGAGAUAAAGUUGGAAUAUACAUCAAGCGAUGUUGAAUCAAAAGUGAAACCUGUAGGGUCCCCAUUGCCUUCCCAAACACAAGCUCCACAAGGCCCUGGAAAGGGUGCUUCGAUGUCUGGCCAGUCUUCUUUAUCUUCUGCACAAAGUAGUACUGGAGGAGGCUCUUCAUCUGGAAAGCUCAGCUCCAUCUCACCAUCUCCAUCACAAGCCACAUCCUCUAGUCCUGCGGGAUCAUCGGGAAACCAGUCUUCACCAGCCUCUUCUUCUUUAUCGGGCACCAAGCCUGCAGCUACCCCGUCAUCUCCAAGUAGCCCGAGCAGCACUCAGAAAUCUUCAGAGCAAGAAAAGCCCCAAACAUCUGGAAGUACGUCUCAGAAAACAUCCACAGGGACUUCCGGAGGUAGCACUGGAGAACAGAAGAGUGCGGGUGCUAGCGGGUCCACAUCUCCACAACAAGGUACCCAGGCCGGGGAAUCUGGAGGUAGCAAACCAUCUGGAAGUUCCAAAUCUUCUUCUGGAACUGAAGGCACGAAGUCUUCCGGAGGAGGAGGAGUAAACAUCUCAUCCGACCAACUUACUCAAGCAAUGACAAAGCUAGGCUACUCGCCAAAGCCAGAAUAUAUCGAUGCAGUUGUCUCUAGAGUAAAUGAAAAAUUCAAUGACAUGAAUGAAGCAACAAUGUUCAUAGCUCAGUGUGCUCAUGAAUCCGGAGGAUAUCAAUAUAUUGAGGAGAUAGCAUGUGCUGGAGGAACAAGCUGUGCAGGGCAAUACGGAACCGGGGCGCCUGGAAAGUCUUACCAUGGGCGAGGAUUUAUACAACUCUCAUGGCCUGAUAACUACAAGGCGGCAGGAGAAGCACUAGGCUUAGGAGAUGAGCUUUAUAAUAAUCCAGAAAAGGUUGCCGAAGAUCCAAAUCUUGGAGCAGAUGUAUCGAUAUUCUACUGGGAGACAAGGGUUGCAAAUGCCCCAGGUGUCAAAGAAAAUCACUUUGGUGCCACAACAAAAGCAAUCAACGGAGCACUAGAAUGUACAGGUUCUAAUGUCGAUAAGAGUAAGAAGAGGUAUGAGAUAUACAAGGCUCUUGUUGAGGCAUUUGGAGUCAGCAACCCUGCAGAUGAAAGCGGGUGCUAUAGCUAG